CUGAAAUGUGUGCCGCCUCCUUCAGACUCUGCUCAACUCUCUCGUGGUCUUUGUCCAGUUCUACACUGACCGCUGAGUCCUGGAGUUGUCUGGCAGCCUGCCCUCCUCCCCAUGGCGCUGAAGGGUGUCUCCGCGUGGCGGCUCCUGAGCCGAAUCCACAGCCCAGUCCUGAGCUUGGUGAGAGGCCGAGUCACCCGGACUUCCCACCCCGUCUUCAACUGGCAGGACCCACUUCUUCUGGAAGCACAACUGAAACCUGAUGAGAUCCUGAUCCGCGAUUCUUUCAGAGAAUACUGCCAGAAAAAACUGAUGCCCCGGAUCCUCCUGGCUAAUCGGAAUGAAGUAUUUCACCGAGAGAUCAUUUCAGAGAUGGGGGAGCUGGGCGUGCUGGGCCCUACCAUUGAAGGGUAUGGCUGUGCUGGGACUUCCUCUGUAGCCUAUGGACUUCUGGCCCGGGAACUGGAGCGUGUAGACAGUGGCUACCGCUCAGCCAUGAGUGUCCAGUCCUCCUUGGUCAUGUACCCCAUCUAUGCCUAUGGCUCUGAAGAGCAGCGGCAGGAGUUCCUGCCCCGACUUGCAAAGGGGGAAAUCCUGGGCUGCUUUGGGUUGACGGAGCCCAAUCAUGGAAGUGACCCAGGCAGAAUGGAGACCAAGGCCCGAUACAAUGCAGCCAGCAAGACCUACACCCUGAAUGGCUCCAAGACCUGGAUCACUAAUUCACCCAUGGCUGACUUGUUUGUGAUCUGGGCUGUGUGUGAGGACGGUCUGGUGCGGGGCUUCCUGUUAGAGAAGGGGAUGCGUGGAUUGUCAGCUCCCAAGAUCGAGGGCAAGUUUGCACUUCGGGCCUCAGUCACAGGAAUGGUCCUCAUGGAUGAUGUGGAAGUGCCAGAGCAGAACAUGCUGCCCCGUGUGUCUGGCCUUGCUGGCCCCUUUGGAUGUCUGAACGCAGCUCGAUUCGGCAUUGCUUGGGGGGCACUGGGUGCUGCAGAGUUCUGUCUGCACACAGCUCGACAGUAUACCCUAGACAGGAAGCAGUUUGGGUUCCCACUGGCUAGAAACCAGCUCAUCCAGAAGAAACUGGCUGACAUGCUCACAGAGAUCACCCUGGGCCUGCAUGCUUGCCUCCAGCUUGGGCGCUUGAAGGAUGAGGACAAGGCCAGCCCAGAAAUGGUUUCAAUGCUGAAGAGGAAUAGUUGUGGCAAAGCCCUUGAUAUCGCCAGACAUGCCCGUGAUAUGCUUGGUGGGAAUGGAAUUUCUGAUGAAUAUCAUGUGAUCCGGCAUGUCAUGAACCUGGAGGCUGUAAACACUUAUGAAGGUACUCAUGACAUCCAUGCCCUGAUCCUUGGGAGAGCUAUCACAGGAAUUCAGUCAUUCACUGCUGGGAAGUGAACCUGUUUUACUUAAGGGCUAAGAAUAUCCUUCAGAAAGAGUAGUCAUUUCAUUAUGUCAGUAUUGAUUCCCCAGCUUGUGUUAAGUCUGCUUUUCUGGGGAAGUGGCUGUUACUUUCCUUUCUGGAAGGUGGGGACUGAGAUCGAAGAAACUGAUUUCUGUACCUCAAUGUGCCUUGUUCUAAAAUCAGUUCUUCUGUUAAAAUGCCAAAAGAAUGUGAUUGUGCAAACUGUAGCAGUCCCUUUCAAUCCACCAACUAUUAUUAAUUUUAUAUGACUUGGGAAAUAGGUGGUUUUGAAAUCAGGGGGCAAGAAGAAGAAUGAACUUCAGAGCAGCUUCUGUGAAGCUGCCUGAUUUAUAACUGAAUAACUAAGAUCUCUCACCCAAACCUAGAAUGCUCCCUGGCUCACUAAUUCCUCCAGACCAUGAUGAUCACCCAUUGAUCAUUCAGUGUCCUAUACUUGGGAACAGACUUGGAACAAGUGCAUUAAUAAAGACCACAUGUUGCUGACCAAAA